CUGAGAGUUGUCUUUUUUGUUUUUACAGCGGAUACAAAUGGACAAAAAUGCCCUCCAGCAUCACCAAGUUAUCAUGAUGAGUACACUCAAGAGAAUUGCAACUUCAACACCAUGACCAAAUAUUAUCAAAAGAAUUCCAAGAAAAAGAAGAAAAAUUUCAAGAAAAUGACAAAUUCCAAGAUAAAAAAAUUUAAUUUUGAUAAAGAAUUUUCUAAUUUUGAUUAUAAAGGUUUAUUUAGUAGUGAUGAAGAGAGUGAAGAUGAAGAAUUUGACAAUAAUACCCUUUUUUCAUCAAGGUCAUUUUCAAAUUCUGAUUCAUCGGAAUAUUCUUCUCUCGGGCGAAAACUGCGGCGGCGUAAGGUGGUCAACGGUGGUGUAAAGGGCAGUCUUGCUGUGGUCAAAAAGUCAAAGGAUCCUUAUGGUGAUUUUAGGGAGUCAAUGUUGGAAAUGAUUAUGGAAAAUCAAAUAUUUGGUGGUAAAGAACUUGAAAAUUUGUUGGAAUGUUUUUUGAAAUUAAAUUCAAAAUAUCAUCAUGGAGUAAUUAUUGAUGUUUUUACAGAGAUUUGUGAAGCUUUGUUUUCUAGUUUGUCCUAGAAAAAAAUAAAAGAAACAAGAAAAUAUGUAAUAUGUUUUGUUAUGCAACUAUUUUGUUGUGUUUUUAUUAUGAAUGAGUAAUUAGUUUAAUGGUAUUUACGUUUUCAUCCUUAA